CAACACACAACACAUAGACAACAUGGCUUCUCCCCAAUCCCAGCAGAUCAAGCAAAACUUCCUCAACAACCCCUACGCUCAGCAGGCGUUCGCCGUCGCCCACGGGCAGGUCAGCGCUCUUGACGCCGAGCUCAACAAGUACCCCAUCCUCCGUCAACUCGAGACCCAGACCAAGGUCCCCAAGGCCUACGGUGUCAUCGCCCUCGGUGUCUCCUCCGUCGUCCUCAUCUUCUUCAACAUGUUUGGCCUCGCCCAGCCCAUCUCCAACCUCAUCGGCUGGGCCCUCCCCGCCUACCUUUCCAUCCUCGCCAUCGAGUCUCCCCAGGCCAACGACGACAAGCAGUGGUUGACCUACUGGGUCGUCUUUGGCUCUUUGAACUUGCUCGAGAGCUUGGGUUUGAGGGCCGUCCUUUACUGGGUUCCCAUGUACUUUGUCUUUAAGACUCUCUUCUCCAUCUACUUGAUGCUCCCCGCUACCCGAGGUGCCGAGACCCUUUACUACCACGUCCUCCGACCCGUCAUUGGUAACGUCAAGUCCAAGUCCCAGGCCAACUAUGGUACCACCGACCCCUUGGCCAAGGAGACUGGUUACAGCACCGCCACUGCUGCUCCCUCUUCUUUUGCCCACGAGAAGGCCCUCUAAGAUGAUCGCUUGUAAACAGAGACAAGCUACCCCAGCUUUGUUCUCACAAGUGUGAUUUCUUUUCUUGGACGUGAAUAAACAAAAGACAACUUUUCUUCUAUUUUAAUGUUUCUCGUGCUUUUCCCUUAACGUGGAGACGACAUUUCCCCUUUUUAUGACGAAGUGUGAAUCUACAAGACAAGCAGCAGAAUUAGAGUGGAGAGGCGAUUGGAAUGGAGGCAAUGAAUGGAUUGACGGAUGGAAAUGAAUGUGCUUUGAAUACA